CACGGGUCGGCAAAAGUAACAUCAAUACCCAGUCUAGUGCCAACUUGCCUAUAUCAUUUGAAAGUGUAAAUUGAAGCUGCCGUCACAAUUUUUUUCAAUAACGCAUCUGGUAUGCCAAUUAAAGAGGAUCCCGCACCCCCCUUUUUGGCCAACUCCAGACAAGAUGGACUUGCAACGCAUACUCUUUACAAUGGAUCAAAGUUCCAAGGUUUUCAAAAAUCGCAGGGAAAAUCGUAUGACGUGGAAGUAAUUCUCCAGCACAUUGAUUUGGAGAACUCCUUUCUAUGCGGAUAUUUGAAAAUAAACGGACUCACCUUUGAAUUUCCCACUUUAACUACGUUCUUUGAUGGUGAGAUCAUUUCUGAGAAGUAUCCGUUUUUAACAAAAAAAUGGGAAGCAAAUGAAGAAACUGAUAAAGCACAUUGGGGAAAAUUUAAGGCUUUUGAAGAAUAUCAAAGUACGUUCGAUUCGUCUGAAUUUGAUUACAACGCAUUAGCUAAAAGCAAUUAUGUGUUUAUGCGUUGGAAAGAACACUUUCUUGUUCCUGAUCACACUAUACGGGAUAUUAAUGGGGCCUCAUUUGCUGGUUUUUAUUAUAUUUGCUUUACAAAAUCAACGGGUAAUGUAGAAGGAUAUUAUUAUCAUAAAUCCUCAGAACUAUAUCAAUCGAUCGAACUCAAUCACGUACCGCAAAAGUGCACGGAAAUUUUCGAAUUCAGAUAAACGUUUCAAAACUCCUAUCGAUUGUUAUGAAGUUUUUCGCAUCUUAUUUAGUAAUUGCAGAUUGCAUCGGAUGAUCAUUGUUGACAAUUUAAUUUUUUUUCGCAAAAUUUAAAUGUAAGAAUUAACAAAAAAGAAAAAACUAGUUUUUUUAUUUUUCU